AUGUUUAUGGUCGUAUUUGGUAGUGGCAGUGAUGCAUAUCUCUUCAAUUGCGCUGAAGACGUUGCUAAUGUUCCAUAUUCUUAUAUAGCUGAAAUAAAAAUAACCGAUUUUACUAUGAGUGAUGACAUCGGCUCCAGUUUUCCAACAUGUACCGUAAAAUCUCUUCUCAUGGAUGAUACUUCUUCUCUUGAAUUUAAAGUACUUUCUGCUAUUGAACCUCCUAAUCCAGAAGUUGAUCAUAGCUGGGGCUUAAUGGAAACUUCAAAUCACAAAGGAACUGGUGCUUUCAGUGAUAUUACUUAUCUUCAAGCAGUUAAAACUGCUAAUGGUCAUUCACCUAUUAAUACUAAAUAUGUUGGAAAAUUUCCUGAUGGACAUAUUUCCAGUGUUCCUGCUCACUCUACCUUCUUAUUUUAUAAAAAAU